AUGACAGGGCUUCGGACACUAGUUCAGGUGAAUCAAGAAACUGUAGGGAAAAAACUAAGAAACCAGGGAGAACCCACAAGACCCAUGAAGAAAGUCCGGAUCAUCUGUGGUGACCCGGAUGCUACCGACUCAUCAGAAGACGAGGGAAUCAGUGCAAAGAAGGUCAAGCAUAUUGUUCAUGAAAUUUGUUUUCCAACUGGGGACUCUUUUUGCCUGCCUGAAGAUCCUGAAAUAGAAAAUUCAGUUCAGGAUAGUAGCAAUGCUGCAAAUAAUCCCAAAAGGAAAAGGAUUUUGGGCAUAAAUCCAAGCUCCAUUCCAGGGAAAUGCAGAGGUGUGCGGCAGCGUAAGUGGGGCAAAUGGGCUGCAGAAAUUCGCGAUCCAUUUAAAGGAAGAAGAGUUUGGUUGGGGGUUGGUGGUGGCCAUAUAGAUCUAAUUUUGGCGAUAGCGGAGUUGGUGGUGCCAGGGAUCUUGAGAUAUGGUUUUGGUGGUAUGAGAUGGGAUGGGGUCUAG